AAACUCUUCCCUACGAAGAACAAAAAGGAGAAAAGGCCCGAAGUAAAGUCGUUUGCUUUUCGGCGCAGAAGCUAUCAGAGGCAGUAAAAAUCCAUAGUUUCUUCCACAAAAUGACAAGAGUGAGUUGGGAUGAAAUUAAAUUAGCAGAAAUCGAGGCGAAUAAACCUGUGAGGCAGAAAAUUACUGAACCAAAGACACCAUACCAUCCCAUGAUUGAUGCUGAUGAUGAUGAUGCACCAUCGACUAUCGUAAAAGGAAGUUUUGAGGAUUGCUUUGACGACACAAUGCAAGCAGAAGCGGCAGAUUCUGGAUCGAAUGUAGGUUCCUCUAGCAAAACUGACGUGCAUCACUCAGGUUGGACAUCAUCCGAAGAAGAUGGAGAUGCAAUGGAUGAAGAUGAAGAAGGUUCCGAUUCUGAGAGACGGAAGAGCUUUAGGGACCACAGGACAGCUCACUACGACGAGUAUCAUAAGGUUUUACUUCAUCGGAACGGAUCUUCUCUCGAGGAAGAGUCUGAUGAGGAAACCAAGUCCAAUGGAAAGAAAGUCGCAAAAUCUGGAGUCAAAGAAAUGGAUGUUAAGGAAUCAUCACAACCCGCGAGCGAAUCUUGAUUUUUCAUUUGAUUUUUCAUGAAAAAUCAGUAUACUACUUUGUUGCUCUUUAACGAGUCGACUCAUCUUUAAUUUUUGUUUUUGUUGCUUAUCGGUACAUCUGAAAAUUUACGCGCAUUCGAUUCCGCUAACUUGUAUGCAUACAUUCUAAUGGCUUUAGAUUUCAUCAUCAAAAUUCAGAACUUGUGUGCACUUGUGAAAUUUGACUCGUUUAAAUUUGUAAUACUGACAUUUUAAAUGA